CCCGCUUCCGGUGCGGGCCCCGCCUCAGCCAGGCCCGAGGAGGCGGAGGGAAGAGGGCGGAGGGGAGAGGCGGGCGCCGCCGCCGCCGCCGCCGCACACGGGGGCCCGACCGCCCGGAGACGGAGGCCGGGACGCGGAGCCCGCAGCGCAGCCCAGCCCUCGGCGCAGAGGUUUGGGACGGUGCCCGGUCUCCCAGCCAUGCCCACCGGUGGAUGAAGCCCGAGGGAACGAUGGAGCAGCUGCAGAAGCAGCAGCCCCCGGCCCCUCUGCAGAUGGAGUCCCGAGAGAGGCAGGAACGUCAGCUGAGAGAAGCCCAGCUCCUCUACGCUCAGCAGCUGGCGGCCCAGCAGGCAAUUCUGACCACCACAUCCGGCCGGGCUUCCGGCGGCCCAGCCCCGGGGCCGUUGGCCAGAGGCCCGCCGGCCACGGGAGCCCCCCGGGCCUUCGACCAGAGCAGCGUCACCUCGGAGCCCGACGACGAUGAGGAGGAAGGGGGCUUAGAAGAGGAGGAGGGGGAGGGCGAGGACCCAGAGGUGAUGGAGAAAGACGGCCAGGUGGCCCUGAAGUACUUCCCCGCCCAGAAGGUUGCCCACCUCGACUCCAGGGCGGCUCCGGCCUCCAACCCCGCUCCGGCCCCAGGGCCGCCGCGGGGACCCCACGGGAAGGAAGACCAGAGCAAAGACGCCCCCAGAGCAGCGCCUCCGGGCUCUCCGCCAGGACGGCCCAGUUGGAAUCUGGACGAGCAGCUCAGGCAGAACGGCGGUCUGACCUGGAGCGAUGAUGCCGACGGAGGCCGAGGAAGAGAGAUCUCUCGAGAUUUUGCCAAGCUGUACGAACUGGAUGGGGACCCCGAGCGCAAGGAAUUCUUGGACGACCUCUUCAUCUUCAUGCAGAAGAGGGGUACCCCCAUCAACCGGAUCCCCAUCAUGGCCAAGCAGAUCCUGGACCUGUACAUGCUGUACAAGCUGGUGACGGAGAAAGGGGGCCUGGUGGAGAUCAUCAACAAGAAAAUCUGGCGGGAGAUCACCAAAGGCCUCCACCUGCCCACAUCCAUCACCAGCGCCGCAUUCACCCUACGGACCCAGUACAUGAAGUACCUGUACGCCUACGAGUGCGAGAAGAAGGCCCUGAGCUCGCCGGCCGAGCUCCAGGCCGCCAUCGACGGCAACCGGCGGGAGGGCCGGCGACCCAGCUACAGCUCGUCACUCUUCAGCUACUCGCCCACCGCCCCCAGCGGGCCCCCUUCUCUCCUCUCCCCGCCCAAGAUCCGCUUCCCCAUCUUGGGCCUCGCCUCGAGCGGCACCAGCAGCCCCCGGGCCGCAUCUUCGGCGGCCACCCUCAGGAAAGGCGACGGGGUCCCCCUGACGGUGUCCGUGCCCAACCGCCUGGCCGUGCCCGGGCCCUUGGCGAGCCAGCAGGCGGGCGCCCGGACGGCCACCCUGGAACAGCUGCGGGAGCGGCUGGAGGGCGGGGAGCCGCCGGAGAAGAAGGCGGCGGGGCGCAUGUCGGAGGAGGAGCAGCGGCUGGUGCAGCAGGCCUUCCAGCGCAAUCUCUUCAGCGUGGCCCGGCAGCUCCCCAUGAAGAUCAAGAUCAACGGCAGGGCAGAAGAUAAAUCGGAGGCGGCAGCGGCGGCGGCACUAAACUUGUCCACCAAUGGGAUCGGAAGCAUUAACAUGUCCAUGGAGAUCAAUGGCACCAUCUAUGCAGGUGUGCUGUUUGCCCAGAAGCCCGCGGUCCACCUGAUGGCCGGCUCCGGCCCGCAGAGCGCCGGCAGCGGGAGCAGCAGCAGCAGCAGUUCCCACUGCUCGCCCAGCCCUACCUCGUCCCGCGGCACCCCCGGUGCAGAGCCCUCCACCAGCUGGUCCCUCUGACGGACCGCCGCGGGGGCCCCUGGGGGCCCGUCCCUCCCCUCCACCCCCCGCCGCCCACCUCUCGGGCCGGGAGGGCCUGCCGCGGGAGGGGUCGCACAGAAUUAUUACCUCAUCUCACAGAACCCGCCCUCCCUGUCCCAGAACCCGCUCCCCCCUCU